AUGGUAGGGGGAACAGCAAUACCUUUCCUUGUUGAUUCUGGAGCAACCCAUUCAACGGUGCCUCAACCCCCAAAGGGAACAAGAGCUACUAAAAAGCAAGUUCAUAUUGUUGGGGUAGAUGGAAAACGAGUAUCCCAGAGUUUCCUUACCUCCUGUGAUUUUGAAGUUUGUGGAACCCAGCUGCAUCAUGAAUUUUUGCUUACCCCUACUUGUCCUAUUGCCUUAUUGGGAAGGGAUGUGUUGUGCAAACUACAGGCGACUCUGGAGUUCUCUGAUAAAGGGGUGAAGCUGACAGUGCCUAAAGGCAAUGGAUCUACAUAUUUGAUGGCUUUAAUGGAACAGAAGCCGAAUACCUUAAGUAAGCAUUUACCUGAAUGUAUGCUUGCAGAAGUGGAUGAAAGUGUAUGGGCUGAGGAAGGAUCACCUGGAUUAGUCCUUGAAGCUAUACCAGCGUCUAUUACUGUCAAGCCUGGAAAAGGACCCAUCCGAAUUCGGCAGUACCCAUUAUCAAUGGAAGGAAGACGUGGAUUGCAACCAGUAAUCACUCAGCUUCUAAAGGAGGGGCGGAUAGAACCUUGUCAAUCGCCAUGGAAUUCACCAAUCCUAGCCGUCCCCAAAGGAAUGGAGAAGAAAAAGUGGCGUUUGGUCCAGGAUCUUCGUGCAAUUAAUGCAGUGGUGAACACCCGACAUUCAGUGGUCCCAAACCCUUAUAACAUCUUAGCUACGAUCCCAGGGGAUCAUGAAUGGUUCACAGCCCUGGAUUUGAAAGAUGCGUUCUUUUCCAUUCCUGUGCAUCCUGACUCGCGGGAACUGUUCGCUUUUGAAUGGGAGGAUCCUGAUACAGGCCGGAAGGCACAGUACACCUGGACAGUGUUGCCCCAAGGAUUUGUGGACUCACCAACACUCUUCAGCCAGGAGCUAGGAAGAACCCUCUCCAAAUGGAAGGGUCCUGAAGGAACAUCUCUGCUUCAAUACAUAGAUGACCUUCUGAUAUCUGGAAACACAGAACAGGUAGUUGAAGAGGCAACCAUAUCUCUCCUCAAUUUCCUUGGGACGAAUGGUUAUCGAGUGGCAAAAGAGAAAGCCCAAUUAGUUACACGGGAAGUCCGAUAUUUGGGCUAUUUAAUCUCCCAUGGGCAACGGCAACUGGACCCUGGGCGUAAAGAAGCCAUUUGCCGAAUCCCAUGUCCUCAGACAAAGCGUCAGCUGCGGGCCUUUUUGGGAAUGGCAGGAUUCUGUCGAGUCUGGAUUCCAGGGUUUGGACAAUUGACUAAACCUCUCCAUGCAAAAUGUCAAGAGAGUGAACCUGACAGUCUUCAAUGGGAACAGGAUGAGAUCACGGCCUUCGAGCAAGUGAAGAAGGUUUUGAUGGAAGCUCCUGCAUUGGGCCUGCCAGAUCUACAAAAAUCAUUUCACUUGUUCGUCCAUGAGAUGAGGGGAGUUAUGUCAGCAGUUCUCACCCAGAAACUAGGACCGGACCUCAGACCUGUAGCCUAUUUUUCCAGGCAGCUGGACACAGUGGCCCAGGGUUGGCCGACAUGUGUGCGAGCAGUGGCAGCAACGGCCAUGGCGGUGGAGGAAGCCCGCAAGUUUACACUUGAGAAUCCAAUGCAUGUGUAUUGCCCACAUAUGGUGUGUUCCCUGCUUCAGCAACGGGGAAGUAAAUGGCUGACAUCGGCCAGAAUGGCCAAAUAUGAGGCACUCCUCUUUGGAAGAGAGGACCUGACUUUUGAGAGUUGCAAUCGCCUCAAUCCAGCCACCCUCCUUCCAGAUGAGCUGGAGUCAUCAAACAUGCAUGAAUGUUUGGAAGUGGUAGAUAGCUUAACAAUGGCAAGAGCAGACUUAUUGGAUACCCCAUUGGACAACCCAGACAUGGAAAUAUUUAUAGAUGGUUCAAGCCGGGUGAUAGAAGGAAAACGAAAGACUGGGUAUGCAGUUACCACUCUGCAUGAACUUUUAGAAGCAGAACCCCUCCCAUCUACAUGGUCAGCCCAAGCUGCUGAGCUGUAUGCACUCAGAAGAGCCCUAAUACUGGGACGAGGACAGAGAGUGACUAUCUACACCGAUUCCAAAUAUGCCUUUGGAGUUUGUCAUGCUCAUGGAGCACUGUGGAAGGAACGAGGUUUUCUAACUGCAAAUGGGGAUAGAAUUGCCCACAGUGAGUUGGUAUUAGAACUUCUGGAGGCAUUAUUGUUCCCAAAGCAAGUGGCGAUAGUCCAUGUUAAAGCACAUCAAAGGGGGAAAACUCCAGAAGUUUGUGGAAAUAACAUGGCUGAUGAAGCAGCGAAGCAAGCAGCACUUAAACCACUUGGGAACCUGCAGCUCGCCUUAAUACCCAGUUUUCGCCUACCGCCCUCACCACAGUAUACCAAGCAAGAGGAACAAGAGGCCAUUACCCAAGGAGCUUCUAAAAAUGAAAAAGGAUGGUGGAUGUAUUGUGGUGGUAAAAUCUUAGUUCCCCAUGCUAUGCUGCGAAAGCUCUUAUGGGACUAUCAUCAAUCAACUCAUAACAGUGGCCGAAAGAUGGUGGAAGCACUUACUCGCCAUAUCACUGCUGUUGGACUCCACCAAACAGCCGAACAGAUAGUGCAGGCUUGUCCCACUUGUCAGAGAGUGAAUGCUAAGACAUCUAGGAUACCACGACCUGGAGCACGCACAUGGGUGAAUCGUCCAUUUCAGUCAAUACAAGUAGAUUUCACCGAAUUGCCUCGUCAAGGGAGAUAUCGUUACCUCUUAGUGUUAGUAGACAAACUCACCGGAUGGCCAGAAGCGUUCCCAUGUGCCUCCCCAACAGCCAAACAGGUUGCCAAGGUCCUCCUCCACCACAUAAUUCCGCGAUUUGGGACCCCAGAAGUCAUCAAUUCGGACCGAGGGACACAUUUUGUGAAUCAAAUUAUACAGCAAGUAUCCCUCGCACUAGGGAUCUCAUGGGACCUACACACAGCUUGGAGACCACAAGCUAGCGGUCAAGUAGAAAGACUAAAUAGAAGUUUGAAGACCUGUCUAACUAAGAUUUGUAUGGACACAAAACUGCACUGGCCAGAAGCACUACCUAUUGCCCUGACACGAUUGCGGGCCACACCUAAGGGAAAAUUAGGGUUGAGCCCCUUUGAGCUAUUAUAUGGAAUGCCCUAUCCCAUAUUCCCAAAGGGGGGAGUAUUAGAUUUUGAGAUAGGUGACAUACAAAUGAAAGAACAUGUUAUUGCUUUGCAGUCUGUUUUGCAUUCUCUCCACAGGGCUGCCCUCGUUGAACAGCCUCUGCCCUAUGACUCUCCAGUCCACUCCUUCCUGCCAGGUGACUGGGUGUAUGUUAAGAAAUGGAAGCAUAGUCCUCUGACUGCAGAUUGGGAAGGACCCAAGCAAGUGCUCCUUACCUCACACAGUAGCGCCAAAGUGGAGGGUCAUGAUCCUUGGAUACAUCACACCCGAUUAAAGAAGGCAUCGGCUCCUGAGAUCUUGGAUGAGGCUGAAUUACCAGUAUCCUGGACUGUGAACCCGAUUAGUGAUCUUAAGUUCUUGUUUAGAAAAGUGCCUCGUUGA